AGUAAUAGCAGUCGUCUUUGCCGGAAGUGGUCUUUUCUUCAUCCAUCAUCACGAAGUAAAAUGGCUUCUGCUGAUUUGCAAUGGCUUAUUGUCCGCAACACUUCGUCUUUCCUCCUGAAGAGGAAUAAGCAAAAUUUUACACAGGAGCCUAAUAAUCUGCGUGGUCAGAAUUCCUUCCGCUUCAAUGGAGUUAUACGUAAACGCACAGUUGGUGUUGAACCAGCUAAGGACGGCAAGGGUGUUGUGCUUGUCACUAAGAGAGCCAAUGGGCAAAAAAACCCAGCCAAGAUCUACUCUCGUGUGGAGCUGAAACGUGACCCAAGGAGGACAUUCAAUGCCAUCCGAAAGAUCACCAAAUGUGGUGGUUACAGAAAAGACCUGAGCACGGCUGCCAUUCGUCGUGCUGCAGCAAUCAUCAAGAGCCAGCGACCUGUUGUGCCCAAAAAGACCGGCCGCCCAAAGAAGGAGUAAAAUUAUUUCAAGUGUAAAUAAAUGUUUGCUCUUGUGGACAUUA